UUCAGGAGAAGGAAGUACAGUGUGAAACUAACGUCGCUAGUAAUAAUAUAUAUUAUAAUAACUAGUAAUAAACGGCAUCAAACGUAACAUUGCUUGUAAAAUGUAUAUAUUUUCUCGUUAUGGUUUGCAUUUCUGCUGGUUGUGCUUCUGCUGUCUUUCAACAACAACCGAAGGUCAGGUUCAGGUUGUUGCUCCAAUGUCCAGGGUUCAUGCCGUAGUGGGUGGUGAUGUCAUCCUUCCUUGUUUCCUGAACCCCACUAUGAAUGCUGCGAACCACACAGUGGAGUGGCUCAGACCAGACUUGAAGCCAAAAGAGGCACAUUGUUACCGCGACCAUCGUGACUCUGAAGAGGACCAGAAUCCAUCCUACAAGAGAAGGACGUCACUGUUUAAAGAAGAACUGAAGAACGGCAACGUCUCAUUGAAACUAACAGGAGUUACUCUCUCUGAUGCUGGAAGCUACACCUGCUUCAUUCCAACAGUGAGCAGGACUCAGAGACCUGUUGUUCAACUCCUGGUCGAUGACAAAACAUAUUCAACUCCCCCAAGACAACCAUCACAAUCAAGCCCUGGAUCUCAGCCAGUCCUCUCUAUUGAAGGAACUAAUGGUAGUGGGCUGGUCCUGAGGUGUGAGUCCGAAGGCUGGUACCCUGAACCUGAGCUAGAGUGGCUGGACAACAAUGGAACCAUCCUCCCUGCUGCUGGACCUACAGAGACCGAGACUGACACUGAGGGUUUCUUCACUGUGAGACGAAAUGUCACCAUACAGCAGACUGACAACAACUGGUUCACCUGUAGAGUUCAACAGCAGAACACCUUCAGAAUGAAGCAGAUUCGCAUUCCUGAUGACAUCUUUCCCAAGCCGUGCCAGUCCUACUGGACAGUUGGGCUUUGUCUGGCACUGGGAGCUGCACUGGGAGCUGCAAUGGGAGCUGCAGUAGCCGCACCAAUGGGAUAUGUGGUCGGAAAUCGACGUGCGAAACGUCAAUGCGUGACAGGUGAAAUCCUAGAUCUUGAAAAUCUAUCAGUGCCAUUGAACGGGAACCCCUCAAGAGAGCUCAAUUGAAUGAGAUGAGACUCGAGGCAGGAGAGACACUGAUGCCAGCAGCCCUCCUGUUUCCGUCCCACUUCGCCACCUUUUCCCGGUCGGACUUGAGAUUCGAACCGGUGACCCGUCAAAGCACAGAUCGGGGGGAGAAGGAAAACAAGGUUCUCUGCUCUGAUGAAACCAAGAUUGAACUCUUUGGCCCUGAAUGCCAAGCGUCACGCCUGGAGGAAACCUGGCACCAUCCCUACUGUGAAGCAUGGUGGUGGCAGCGUCAUACUGUGGAGAUGAUUUCAGCGGCAGGGACUGGGAGACUAGUCAGGAUCAAGGGAAAGAUGAACGGCGCAAAAGUACAGAGGUCUUUGAUAAAACGUGCUCCAGAGCGCUCAGGAUCUCAGAACAACCAUGUCGAAGUCAUUACUGAUUUGUGAUGUCACUAAGGACAGUAGAACAACAUAACUGUUUCUCUGAAUGUGUAUAUUUCCCAGUGAUCAGAUUCACAUCCAAAUGUUGGAACGUAUAUCAUUAAAUAUGAAUAUCAUUAAAAAUGAAUAUCAUUCAAUAUGAAACUUAUUUAUGAGAGAAUUGUUUUUCAUAUGAAGUCUGAACCAAGUCAGUGGCCACGCCCAUGUGAGCACAGACGUUAUGACGUUGGCCUGUUGGUGAGGUUUAUGACCCCCAUAAAUACCCCCUUUUCUCUCUCUACUCUACAGAAUGGACUCAUGGAAAGCCCUUUGUUAACAUAGUCUGGUAACAUCAAAAGGUUGGGGAACGGAACCAUAUUUCGGUAAUCCAACCAGUUGAAAAUAUGCGUUGGUACUUAAAGAAUAUGAUGUCAGAUCAGUUGUCGUCUGAGAUAUUAUUACUGAUGACAGGACGACAUAAACUGUGUCUUGGAAAGUCUACACAUUCUAGUUAUCAGAUUCACAUGGAAUUGUUGUGCAAUUGAAAUGUUUAAAUAUGAAACUAUUUGUGAAAAGAUGAAAUGUAAUUUUAGAUUACAUUUAUUUCUAAAUGAGAGAAUGGUUUCCAUAGAGUAAAAACUCUGCCCACUCGGUGGCCCCGCCCAAGUGAACAGACAUUGGUUGUAAACUCUGCUCACUCAGUGGCCCCGCCCAAGUGAACAGACAUUGGUUGUAAACUCUGCUCACUCGGUGGCCCCGCCCAAGUGAACAGACAUUGGUUGUAAACUAUGAAACAUGCCCCUCUCUCCCACAACUAUAUAAGCCCGUUGACAAAAAUUUCACUUUGUGUUCCGAGGACGACGGUCCCUGCGUUAAAAGGGCUAAGAUAAUAACCUAACGAAAUUCGCAUCGUGUUCAACGUGAAGGUGACGAUCGACAUGCCGAAAGGAUGAAUUUCGACUAUACCAGCCAGAAUAUAGCAUGAGCUUACAAGUAUGGCAACUUGGUAUGAACUUUGAACUCUUAUUCACUCCAGAAGUGAUACCUCCUAGCCCAUGAGUUAGCAGCAGCCACUGUAAACGUGGGCUAGGAAAGGACAAACGACGUAUCCAGUCUAACACACAACGACGAUACUAUAACGUGUCCAGUUUACCACCAGAGACAUUCUUCAGAAGACAAGAUCCCUGCUGGAUCUCUUGCAUUUAUAUUUCUUGCAUUUUCCUUUUCCAAAUCUGCGGUAAUUUAGAAUGCAUAAUAUUCUGUAUUUACGAUAGCUUUCCCAUUUGUUCUUCAGUCUUCCCGCGCUUUCAUUCAAGCCCAACCCCCUUUGUGUUACUAGCCGUUGUAUCUGUUCCGUCCCCUAAGGACGUUUUCCUUUAUGACAUAAUUACUAAUCAAAGUAUGAUCCAUUCUGUAUAUAUGUAAUUCUGUGUGAUUUAAAAAAACAUUUUUACAUUUUAUUUUUAGUAAAUAAAUAGUUAAGCCAA